UUUUUCCGAGAGAGCAUGGAGUGUUGUUAGCUGGAAAAUGGAGCCUGUGCUAUACCUGGUCUUCUGUACAUUCCUGGCCUUUGGGAACUCAGAGGGGUUUCAGAUUGUCCAUAUCCAGAAACAGCAAUGCCUUUUCAAAAGUAGGAUAGUGGCCGUGGGCAACUGCAAUGGAACCAGUCCAAACCAGCAGUGGAUGUGGACAGACGAUGAGAAACUUCUCCACAUUAGCUCUGCCUUAUGUCUGGGCAUCUCCAACUCCUCCGCUACCCACACCCGUUCUGCCGUCUUCAUCAGCUGCAGCCAGGCCCCCAGAUGGACCUGCCACGACAAGGAAGGGCUCCUUGAGGUGGCAAACUCGUCUCUCUUUCUCAAGAAACACGGCUCCAAGGUAAUGGUCAAGAAGGAUAGGAAAUACCCACACAGCUGGAUGAAGAUAGAGGUCGACCAUAAGGGAGAGCUUGCCAAUGGAAGCCUGUGCCUGAAGAAAGCUCGCCACGGAGGAGAAGUUUCUGUGAGAAGUGCUAGACACACGACUCCUUCCAAGAUCCCCCGUACUUUUAACGCGAUUACCUAUAGGCCAGAGACUCUCAACAAGAGUAUCGCAGAGGUCUUUGUCGGGAGUGCUACUGAAAACUACGGCAAAAAUAGCACGGUGACCCAAGACCCUGAUUCGCAGAUGACAGGAGUUACGGAGAAAUCUUGGGUUUCGACGACCACCACCCGUCUCUACUCCAGCACAGUGGAAGAGGAGCCCGCGCGAUGCGCCGUCCACUGGACAGAGUGGACGGUGUCCGGCACAUCCAUCCGGCUCCGCUGGACCGUCCCCGCCGCCCCCUGCAACUUCAGCCUCCUCUACGGCCCGGCCCCCGACCCCGACCCCGACCCCGGCCCCUCGGGGGGUCGGCCCUGCCCCGGGCCCCGGCCGGACAACGACACCUACGAAUGCGGAGCCGAGGGGCUGCGCCCGGGGACCCUCUACCGGCUCCGCCUGCUGGACCUCACCGACGGCCAGACCCGCCACAUUGCUCUGCAGACAGAUCCCUUGCCUCCUUCUCGGUUUGAAGUGGACAGAGACAAGACCACUUCGACCAGCCUGCGGGUGACGUGGACUCCGUCUUUGGGGAAGGUCACCCAGUAUGAAGUUCAGUUGUCGGAUGACGAGAACGAGAAGCUUCAGAGCGUUCUGAUCCCAGGGAGUGGCUCCCUCAAAGAAACGACUUUCUUCAACCUCACUGCUGGUAGUAAAUACAACAUUGCCAUCACAGCCAUUUCUGGAAAUAAAAGUUCCCAAGCAGUACACAUCAGUGGUUCGACCGUUCCAUCGCCGGUGAAAGCCCUCCAGGUUUUCCACCAAAGAGACUCCCUCCAGGUAACUUGGAUGCGUGGCCCCGGGAAGGCGGACCGAAUCAGGUUGCUGUUGCUGGACAAGGGAAGCUGGGUUCACAACGUCGUCGUCGAUAAUCACCUCACCUCCUACGUUUUCCGUGGAUUGACGGCAGGCCACCUCUAUAACCUCACAGUCGUCACGGAAGCCUCGGAACUGCAGAGCUCCACUUUUAAGCUUGUACGGACAGCCCCGAUGGAAGUCUCCAAUUUGGCAGUGUCCAAUGAGGGCAGUUUGAAUUCUCUGAAAGUCAGAUGGAAAAGACCUCCUGGAGAUCUGGAUUCCUACAACGUCACUCUGUCUCAUCGAGGGUCCGUGAGCGAAUUCAGAACCCUUGAGCAGCAGGUGACGGAGACCGUCUUCGAGGGGCUAACGCCCGGGCGUCUCUAUCAAGUCUCCGUCAGCACAGUCAGCGGGGAGUUGUACUCCAGCAAGGUGGCCGUGGGCAGAACAGUUCCUCAGCAAGUUUCAGAGCUGAAGGCAAGCAGCAACGGCUGGCUGACGUCCCUCAAAGUGACUUGGCUUCCCCCGGCUGGAGAUUGGGAACGAUAUUACCUUGUGCUGCUCAACCACUCUUCGGUGCUCCUCAACACGACCGUGGAGAAGGACAGACGGGAGUAUGUCAUCAGCCAACUGGGCCUCAGACCUGGGAAGCAGUAUCAGGUGGUGGUUACUGUAGAGAGUGGAGAUCUGCAGAAUUCUGCUCGGUGUCUAGGGCGAACAGCUCCCCAGCCCGUCCUGCAUCUCCGCGUCAAACAUGCCAACGAAUCAUCCCUAAGCAUCACGUGGAUGACCCCUGAAGCCGAGUGGGAGAGUUACGUGGUUUCACUGGGAGACAGAGAUCUCACUCUCAUCAACAAAGCCCUGGCCAGAGAGGCUAAAGAAUUCACUUUCACCGAUCUGGUGCCUGGACGGAAAUACACCGCAACCGUCACCAGUAUCAGCGGGGAUUUGAGCAACUGGACUGCUAUAGAAGGAAGAACAGUGCCUGCGCACGUGACCGGCUUGCACAUAGCCAACCAAGGGACCACCGAUAGUUUAUUCACCAACUGGACCAGGGCACCGGGCGACGUCGAGUUCUACCAGGUCCUCCUGAUUCAUGAAAAUGUGGUCAUUAAGAAUGAAAGUGUGCCCAGUGAAACCAGCGGGUACAGCUUCCAUUCCCUGAGGUCCGGGGGGCUCUACUCGGUCGUGGUCACCACAGUGAGUGGUGGGAUCUCUUCCCGGCAGAUGGUGGCCGAGGGGAGGACUGUGCCUUCCAGCGUGAGCGGAGUAACGGUGAAUAAUUCCGGGCGCAGUGACUACCUGGCCAUUUCCUGGCUGCCAGCUGCCGGAGAUGUGGAGAGCUAUUUGGUGACGCUCUCUCACAACGACAGGGUCGUCCAGACCCUCGCCAUACCCAAGUCUGCGAGCGAGUGCUCCUUCAGCUCGCUCGUUCCCGGCCGCCUGUUCGACGUGACGAUCACUACGAGGAGUGGGAAGUAUGAGAACCAGUCCUUCAGCCAGGAACGCACAGUGCCUUCCAAGGUCCAGGGACUCGCCAUCAGCAACUCGGCCAGAAGCGACUAUUUAAAGGUAUCCUGGCUACACGCCACUGGAGAUUUUGACAAUUACGAGGUCGUCAUCAAGAACAAAAACAACUACAUUCAAACCAAGAGCCUCCCCAAGAUGGACAACGAAUGCGUGUUCGAGAAUCUCGUUCCCGGCAGGCUCUAUAGCGUCACCGUUACUACGAGGAGUGGGAAAUACGGAGCGAGCGAUCGGGUGAAUGGGCGAACAAUUCCAGGGUCAGUGAAGGAGCUCACUCUUCGUAACAGAAGCACUGAACACCUGCAAGUGACGUGGUCCAGAGCCGAUGGAGACGUCGAUCAGUAUGAGAUUCAGCUUCUUUUCAAUGACAUGAAGGUCUUUCCUCCCUAUCAUCUCAUGAAUACCGCUACGCAGUAUCGAUUCACAGCCCUGACGCCGGGGCGCCUCUAUAAAAUUCUGGUAUUGACGAUCAGUGGAGAAGCUCAGCAGUCAACAUUCAUCGAGGGUUUGACAGUCCCCAGUGCCGUCAAAAACAUUCACGUGUCCCCCAAUGGGAUGACGGACAGUCUGAAGGUCAACUGGACGCCCGGGGGAGGCGAUGUCGAUUCCUAUAAAGUGACGGUAUUCAGACAGACCCACGAGGCCGACUCGCAGUUCGUCCCCAAGCACGUCUACGAGCACACCUUCCACAAAUUGGAGGCAGGGGAGCAGUACCGGAUCGUCGUCCAAUCCAUCAGCGGCUCCUUGACUAAUCACUUAGAAGCCCUGGGACGCACAGUCCCUGCUUCAGUCCAGGGGCUGUACGCAGACAACGCUUACAGCAGUCAUUCGCUGAUCGUCAACUGGAACAGGGGCACGGGAGUGGCCGAGAGGUACGAUAUCCUGCUCCUAAACGAACAAGGGAUCCUCCUCAGCAACAAAUCGGAGCUGGCGACUGCCAAGCAGCACAGAUUUGGAGAUUUAAUACCUGGGAAGAAGUAUAAGAUCCAGAUGUUAACGAUGAGCGGAGGUCUCUUCAGUGUUAGAGCCGAAACGGAAGGGCGCACAGUCCCAGCAGCUGUCACCAAUUUGAAAAUUAUAGAAAAUACCACCGGGCACCUUUCGUUCACCUGGACAACCGCUGAGGGAGAACUGGACUGGUACAAUAUCUUUCUGUAUAAUCCGGACCGAUCUCUUCAAGAACGAGCCAAGGUGGAACCAAAAAUUCAGCAUUGGUCUUUCCAGAAUUUGCUGCAAGGCCGACUGUAUAAAAUGGUGAUUGUCACCCAGAGCGGGGAGCUUUCAAACGAGUCAUUCGUCUAUGGAAGGACAGUUCCAGCUCCAGUGAACAGUCUCAAGGGAUCGAAUCGGAACAUGACAGACAGCCUCUGGUUCACGUGGAGUCCAGCCUCUGGAGACCUUGACCACUAUGAGCUGAUUCUGACUAACCCCAAUGGCACGCAGAAGGAGAGCCUGAAACACAAAGACUUGACAGAAUGGCACUUUCAAGGCCUCGUUCCCGGGAGAAAGUACACCUUGGUCGUCGUGACUCACAGUGGCGACCUGGCUAAUACCGUCACCGCUGAAAGUAGAACAGCACCCAGUCCUCCCAACACGAUGGCAUUUGCGGAUGUCGCCAACACUUCCCUGGCCAUCACGUGGAAGGGCCCACCCAACUGGACGGACUACGAUGAUUUUGAACUGCAGUGGACUCCAAGAGAUCAACUCAACAUCUUCAACCCGUACAGCACCAGGAAAUCACAGGGGCGUAUCGUGUAUGGCCUCCGACCCGGCCGGUUCUAUCAAUUCAGCCUGCGGAGUUCCAGUGGGGAUGUCCUGAGAACCUACAGCCAACCAAUUUUUGGAACAGUGAGAACCAAGCCAGACAAGAUACAAAACCUCCACUGCCGGCCACAGAACUCCACCGCCAUUGCCUGUUCCUGGAUCCCUCCCGAUUCCGAUUUUGAUAGUUACAGUAUUGAAUGUAAGAAGAUGGAUACCCGAGAAGUCGAAUUUUCCAAAACGCUGGAGAAAGAGAGGUCUCUGCUCAACAUUAUGACGCUAGUACCCCACAAAAGGUACUUGGUGUCUAUCAAAGUACAGUCUGCUGGUAUGACCAGUGAGGUCGUUGAAGACAGCACCAUCACCAUGAUCGAUCGACCACCACCUCCUCCGUCACAUAUUCGGGUGAAUAAGAAGGAGGCCCUCAUCAGCAAAUCUUCCAUCAACUUUCGUUUCAACUGCAGCUGGUUCAGUGACACCAACGGAGCUGUCAAAUACUUUACCGUGGUGGUGAGCGAGGCGGACGGCAAUGAGGAACUGAAACCAGAGCAGCAGCACCCUUUACCUUCCUACCUGGAAUACCGGAACAAUUCCUCCGUCCGGAUGUAUCAGACAAACUACUUUGCAAGCAAAUGUGCAGAAAGUCCGGACGUCAACGCCAAGAGCUUCGACAUAAAGCUCGGCGCCGAGAUGGAAAGCCUCGGGGGGAAAUGUGAUCCAAAUCAGCAGAAAUUCUGCGAUGGUCCGCUAAAGCCCAGGACAGCUUACAGGAUCAGCAUCCGAGCCUUCACCCAGCUGUUCGACGAGGACCUGAGGGAAUUCACUGAGCCGCUCUUCUCAGAUACGUUUUUCUCUUUGCCCAUCACCACGGAAUCAGAACCCUUGUUUGGCGUGAUCGAAGGUGUGAGUGCCGGCCUGGUCCUGAUUGGGAUGCUGGUGGCUGUCAUCGCCUUGUUUAUCUGCAGGCAGAAAGUCAGCCACAGCCAAGAGCGACCAUCUGCCCGUCUCAGCAUUCGCCGGGACAGGCCUCUGUCCGUCCAUCUCAACUUGGGCCAGAAAGGGAACCGGAGAACUUCUAGCCCCAUUCGAGUCAGUCAGUUUGAAGGACACUUCAUGAAGCUCCAGGCGGACUCCAACUACCUCCUGUCCAGGGAAUAUGAGGACUUAAAAGACGUGGGUCGCAAUCAAUCCUGUGACACGGCACUGUUGCCAGAAAAUCGAGGGAAAAAUCGCUACAACAAUAUACUACCCUAUGACCCGACCAGAGUGAAACUUGCCAAUGUGGAUGACGACCCUUGCUCAGAUUACAUCAACGCUAGCUACAUACCCGGCAACAACUUCAGAAGAGAAUACAUUGCUACUCAAGGACCACUUCCCGGAACAAAGGAUGACUUCUGGAAGAUGGCGUGGGAACAGAACGUUCACAAUAUUGUUAUGGUGACCCAGUGCGUGGAAAAGGGCCGGGUGAAGUGUGAUCACUACUGGCCGGCAGACCAGGACUCCCUCUAUUACGGAGACCUUAUAGUACAGAUGCUGUCCGAGUCCGUGCUACCCGAAUGGACCAUCAGGGAGUUUAAGAUCUGCAGUGAGGAACAGCUAGAUGUGAACAGACUGAUCCGUCACUUUCACUACACCGUGUGGCCCGACCACGGUGUGCCAGAGACCACCCAGUCCCUGAUCCAGUUUGUGAGGACAGUGAGGGACUACGUUAACAGAACGCCAGGUGCUGGACCUUCCAUCGUGCACUGCAGUGCCGGUGUUGGAAGGACAGGAACUUUCAUUGCUUUGGACCGAAUUCUUCAGCAGUUAGACUCCAAGGACUCGGUGGAUAUUUAUGGAGCCGUACAUGAUUUAAGACUUCACAGGGUUCACAUGGUCCAGACUGAGUGUCAAUAUGUGUACUUACACCAGUGUGUGCGAGACGUGUUAAGAGCGAGGAAACUGCGCAGCGAACAAGAAAAUCCCUUGUUUCCAAUCUAUGAAAAUGUGAAUCCGGAGUAUCACAGAGAUGCUGUCUAUUCAAGGCAUUAGGAAUGGAACCGAGUGAUUCCCUUUAAACCAGUUCAUCAUGUUAUUUUUUGAAAAUUUCAAACUUGCACUAGAGAGGUGCCAACUAUUUCUGUCGAUACUGUGUAUAAUUUAUUAAUCUGGUAAAUUUUAAAGAAUUUAUGUAAUUUAAGUGCCAUAGAUAUUAUUGUACAUAGUUGUAUUUUGAUGUUAUUCUGUAAAUAUGUAUUUUUCAUAAUGAUUAAUAUGAAGCUUCAGAUAUUACUAUUUUUCCAUACUAAAUUUUUAAAUGAGUUUUUCUGCAUAAACUUUUAACCUGCGUGACAGGAAGAAUGA